AUGUCUGAGAACGAAUUAAUUCAAGAACUUGCCAAUCUAAAAUUGAAAGACGAUGGGACAACUCUGAUCAAUUGUGAGGUGUUCAGCAAAGAGAAGCUAGCCCAAUUGCGAAACAAGCUUCAGGAUCCGAAGUCCAGUAACAACGAUAUUCAAGUUUUAUCCCACCAAUUGAUUGACAAUCCAACUCAAGUGUUGCUCUUUUUAAAAAUACUUGAUGAUCAAUCUGGGACUAUUUUGGCUAGGUUGAUAAAGUGUACCCAGGAUUCAUACGAUUCACUUGUUUUGGAUGUGUUGAGUGCAAUUCGUGGCAUAUUGAUCACGUCUUCCAACGUCAGAGAGUACUACUUGAAAGUUUACAUUUCCCUAAUAACGCAAUUCAGAGUCACAAAUAUUCAACACUUGAACUUAUUCUUGACGUUUGUAUGUGAAAACAAAGAUAUAAACAAUGCUGUUCUUGUUAUAUUGGCUCAUGACUUAGAGUUGAACAAGAAGGAAAGUACGGAGACAGUGCAUGAGUACUUGCAGCUACAUAUGGAUGAACAGAGUUUAGAUGGUCUAGAACUAAAGAAUUUUCUAUUGACCCUAGAAAUGUGCUUCCCCCUCCUUCCUAAAAUGUGUUCCGCGAUGUAUUGCAGCUCAGAGACCAAGAAUCACAUACUUGACUCAUUUUCAAAUCAUGAGAAUAAUCCUGUCACUACAAUCCCCAUUUUGAAAUGCGUUGCAGCGUCGUCAAUUCUGGAAACUUGUCGUGAUUUCACCAUUAAAGAAUAUUACUCGUAUUUGGCUGAUAGCUUGAAAUCACAGCAUGUACGCAUACGAAUUUUAGCCGCUUUGAGUGUAGUGAAAUUGUGGACAUUCAUUCAAGCACAACAGAAAUCGGCUAUACACGUAACUGACCUCGCCAAAGAUUUACUCUUAUACACUACUAAAGGUGACGAUCCCGAAUACAUUGAGUACUCACUCGAAGGUCUCGUUUAUUUGAGCUUAUUUUGGAAAGUUCGAGAUCAAAUCCGAAUGAACAUCUCUUUCAUCGAGAAGUUGUUACAGAUUUUGCAAACCUAUUCCACUGAAAAAAGGAUCAACACGUCUGUGCAAUACGGAGUUUUGUCUAUUCUAUCAAACACUACAAAGCUAAAACAGCCAGAGUUUGACACUACGAAAAAGAAAUUGAAAAAUGUAUCAGCACCACAGAUGGAAUCCGAAAGCAACGAGGAAAGCCAAGACAACAUUAAGCUUUUCAACAAACAGUUGGUUGAGCAGUAUCAAAUCAUUUCCAAAUUGAGUGCCAUUAAAACGUAUCAAUCGUCAAGUGGUAACAACUUCAAUGAAAUAAUCAGCAUCAUUUAUCACCUUUCGACAGAUCAAUCAAAGGGCAUGCGAGUAGAGCUUGUUAAACAAGGAGCAUUGGUUUUGGUGAUGAAUUUUUUGGUGAAUACCAGUAAAAUCGAGAAAUCUACAAGUAUAGUGGUUGCCAGACCAACACAAAAGAAUGAGAUGAUCCCAGAGCAACGGUUCAAAGCAUUGCGGAGCUUGGCAAGGUUGUUGAUUUGUGUCGAUCCCCAAAUCUCUUUCCAAAAAUAUGACGUCAAAUCAGCCAUACCAUUUCUUGUUGAAUUACUUGGACCUGUCACAUCAGACUCUGCUAAUCCAAAACAAUCGUAUUUGCACGAAAUGACCUCAUUAGAUCGAUAUGAAUCCUUACUAGCGUUAACAAACAUUGCUGCUGCAGAAAAUCCUGACACGCGAAAGUUACUAGUGUCUCAGAUUAUCCCCCACAUCGACGACUUAAUUGUACUGCAAAGCUACAUUCAAAUAUCUUCGUUUGAGCUUUUGAACAAUUUGAUCAGCGAACCUAUUCUAUUGGCUAAAUUCUUUAAUAUCGAACUAGCCGCGAAUAAACAAAGGUUGGAUAUUGUCGUUAAAUUGUUGAAUUCAGAUGAGUUGAAGUUGCAAGUUGUGAUUGCCGGGUUUUUGGUGAAUGCCACAAACUUUGACAUCAUUGCGGAUGUCCUUGUUGAUUCAAAAGCAAUAUUCAAUGAGUUGAUGGAGACAAUAACUAGCAUAUUGUUGGAGCAAGUGAAGGACAGCGAUUUGGUUGACCCGGUAUCGUUUUUGUUGGUUAAUUUAGUGUAUGCAUUAGCUAACAAAGAUGAGACGCAACUUAAAAGUCUCAAAUCUGACAAGCUAAAAUCUGCUUGUAUGAACGUUUUGAAGAAUGGAUCUAGUGAGAGCAAAGAAUCAAUAUCUAGCGUAUGGAGUCUACUUGAAACUUGA